UGAUGCGUUAUAUUGCAGCAUUUGAUGGUGCGAGCAUCGACGUUACUACUGCCAAUGCCGAUGUAAUGAAGAAUUUGCUGGCUGAAAGCACGACGAUGGGAACAAAAACAAUCUUCAACAUCGAACAAGAGAAGGCGCUGAUAAGCUACAUUCUCCAGGCCAGCGACAUCAACUAUGGAAUUAGUUUGAUGGAGCUUCAUAAGCUCGCGUAUGAAGUGAAGCAUGAUGCAUGGAAAAAGUCCAACAUUGGUGUCACUUUCGAUCUGCAUCAUGUGCCGCUCCUUGUCGAUCAGUGCCUCGAUGUUAUGUUAACGCCGAAAACCAUCAAAUCCGGCUUCCGAACAACUGGCAUCUACCCGUUCAACCCGCAAAUUUUCACUGAAGUUGACUUUGUCGCUUCGGAACUGAGCGGCGAAAAUUUGUUCGGUGACGAAGAGAAAGACGCCGACAAUCAACGUCGAGUUCUUGCCUCUGGUGAUGCCAUUGUGACUGCUGCGAUUGAGGAGGUGUCAACGUCGGAGGCAUCGACAAGUGCCCCAGCUUGAACAAGUGGUGCUGCAUCAUCGUCGUUGUCUC